AUGACCGACUGUCUGACUGAGUGGGCCAGUGCUCAGCCAGGCUCAGCCGGACUCUACUGGCAGGCUGCAUACUCCACUGCACAGACCGAGCGCACAGAGAGAGAGAGAGACAGAUCCCUCUUGGCUGGCUUGGCUCGACUUGGCUCGCCUUUGGCUGUUGCUCGUCCUCGCGCUGACCUGUCGACGCCAGCCAGCCCUGGCCGUCCUGGCUUACGUGCCGUCUCGCUUGCAGUUGUUCAUCCCCUUCGCCCCCCCCGGUCCCCGCGCCUGCUUGCCUCUCGCCGCGCGUCUCUUUUCGCCUCCUCCACCACCACCAACACAUCUCUCAUCCCGCACCAUCAUCACCCGUCUGCCUUAGCUGAGACUCGUCUUGUGGUCCUUCUACCUCACCGAGCCCAUCCUCAUCGCGCGCUCCUCUUCGCUGCCUCGCGUCCAUCUCGCUCGAUCCUCGCUGUCUCGUCGACGCAUCGAACCCAAGGCAUCAGCCUCAUCCUGCUAGCUGCAUCGCUUCCCGACCGCCUGCUCUGCGCAUCCAUCCGCUCAUCGCUACUGCCUCAAGGUACAAGCCCGUGCAGCGAAAAAAAGUUGCGCAUCUACGUAGCCGCAUCUGCAUCUGCAUCUGCAUCCGCAGCUCAGCAAAUCUACUCCGGUCUCGUUUCGGUCACCUCCAGCGUCCGCAUUUCCUAG